UCCUUCCCCUCUCGUGCAGCGCUCGCCUCCGCUUCCCAUUCAGGCUGACUGGGAAGACCAGCGACCUGCGAUGCCAGUCUAUCCUAUCCGGCGGCGACCUCGCGAAUGCAAAACGUGUCAUCAAUGUCGUGCAAGCAAAGUUCGUUGCGAUCGAAACGCACCAUGUAGUAACUGUGUCAAGCGCGGUUUCACCUGCACCUACGGCCGUCCUCCGCCUACCUUGAUUCCUCCUCGGCCAUCAAUUGCUCCUGAAAGCUUCGCAGUCGCAGCGGCUCUAAAUAGCGCACCUCAGGUUCAGAUUUCGCCAACCUAUUCUACGAUAAACCAAGAUGUUCUCUACGCCGGCGAUUCUAGUGUGGACGAUUCUUCGUUGGAUACAAUCACAAUUUCACCCAUCGAGUGGGAGGAACUGAAUAGCAAGAUGCAGGAGAUGGCGCAGGUCAUAGAGAGCAUGAAAUCGAUCGUUCAGGCACAUUCCCGCCCACCGCCGCGGCAGAGACUAAGCAAUCCACUAUCCGACGUGUCUGGCGGAGGAUUGAUUCGGUCACCGUCGCAGCAGAGCAACAUAUAUGGAUCAACCACAUUGAAAACAGGAUCGGUGCAUAUAGGGAAUCGCUCUGCGUUGCAUGAUAUUCUGGACAAAACGAAAGGUUCUGUAGGCCCAGCGCAGGCGCUGCCGAAGGACGAUUUGCUCGCUGAAUUAGCCUUGGAGAAUGACAACAGCGGAUAUCCUUUCCUUGACCUCUGGUCGUCGGAUCCGCUCCACUUCAAUAUCGGAGGCGUAUGUGAUGUGCUUCCAGAUGACAAUCAAUGCUUAAAGUUUUUCGGUUUUUACAAGAGCAUCGCGGCUGUGCUAUACCCAGUCCUUCCAGAUAUAGAUCGGUUUGAGAACGACUUGAAACGGUUGCUGGAGGGACGGCGACGGGCAGGCGGGGUGUAUAAGCCGGACGGGGAUCGCCUGUUGAAGCCUUUCGGUAUGAGUAUAGCGUUCUUGAGCCUCUGUUUCGCAGUUUUCGCGUCAGGAUGUCAGCUGUGCGACCUGCCGGGAAUUCAAAGAGAGAUGACGUCCUGGAUCUAUAUUUCCUGCUCAUACCAGUGCCUGCGCAUGCUGAAUUAUGUAUCGCAGCCCACGGUGGAAGUUAUUCAGAUUCUGUUGAUUAUCAGCAGUGUCCUUUCCUAUAAUAUGAACGCCGGUGCUUCGUAUACGCUGCUAGGCAUGACAGAACGUAUGUGCAUGGUCCUUGGGCUCCAUGCCGAGGCACCCGGUUAUCCGUCAGCCCUGCAAGAAGCCCGGAGGCGGGUGUGGUGGGCCAUGGCAUUUCAAAAUAGUCAUUUCUCCUUGGCCUAUGAUCGACCUUCGAUCACAAUGAUCAGCCAGCCAGAUAUUCCAUAUCACCGUAAAUCAAUGCCCGGUCAUCGAUCUUAUUUCGAAACACUUUCUCGCAUCCUGGGCGUUGUGCUUGAGACGCUGCGUGUUUUGAUGAUGACGAAGCAGUCCUACCUGCAGCCAAAAGAGAUUGGCAUGUACGUGCAACGAAUCCGCGAUAUUCUUGGGGAGGCUGCUGCGCACCUGCGGGACCAGGGGCGUUGCACCAAGUUGGCGGACAGCAUUGAGUGGGCGGAGUUAAGGUUGCACUCUUCGUACUAUAUCUCUCUAUUAUGCCGCCCAUCGUUGGACCCGGACGCAAUUAUGUCUGCCGAGGAUCGCAAGAACAUACGGCAUGACUGUUUGACGAAUUUAUUAGGAACGGUUGAAGCGUUCCUCGACUUGCACAUGAUCAGCCCGUAUGCAUCGCGCACAUGGAUUAGCGUUCAGCGAACCAUCGCGUCGGCCUUUCUCCUGAUUGCUAAUACCAACGACCAAGUACUGCCGCGGACUCAGGACUUACUUCGACGACUUGAAAAAGUCCUUGAAGAUCAUGUAUACACCGACGGGACAGUAAACCCCACUACGCGGACAGACACGGCCAGACACCUCUCAUCCUCGCUCGAGGCACUCCGAGCAGUAAACUCUGCCUUUAGCGCGGGGAAGCGUCACGGGAAGAAGCAAAAUGCGGCGCCCCUGAAGGACGAGAGCGCCGCCCCGAGUGCAGGCAUUCCCACCACGACGCAGUUUCUGUCGUCGGCAGAAUAUGCUAAUCUUGCGGUCUCAUCCAUGCCGCCGUGCACAGGAUCAUACAGCGGCAUUUCGUUGGAAGACGGUCAGAUUGGCGAUAUUCUCAACCAAGUGUCUGGGGUGAUGCUGUUUCCUAAUAUGAAUCUUGGAAAUUCAUGAAUAUUCUUGGAUAUGAAUGGCAUGUAACUAUCCUGGCCAUGUUAGGAUCAACACAUAAUGUAG